GGGUCUAUUAUUUAGUUCAAUGUAAACGUCUGCGGUACCAACAUUAUGUUCUCCAUUUUUCACCUAACCUUUAUUAUGCUUACAAUUGAGCGGAUAGUUUCUUGUAUUGUAAAUCUAUACAGCAAUCAAGAGAUAUUUCUACAAUUGUUUAAAAAAACUUGAGGUCAUUAAGGUCUUGCACAAAAUUCCUGGAAAUCCACGGUUUCUGCAAACACUUCAUUUUCUUUUUUAAAAGGAUAAAUGCCAAGUGUUAAAGAUGAAUCAGAGGGUGAAGGAGAGGAAAUGUCGCAUGACAGUAAUGACAGUCAGAGCUCUGCAUCGUGUGACAGCAGUGCAGAGCAUACUGACAGUGAUGACUCGUCAGAGAUGGAUGAGGAUGAAUGCGAACGAAGGCGUAAUGAAUGUAUGGACAAUUUGGUAGAUUUAGAAAGACAGUUUACUCUGCUAAAAGAACAAUUAUAUCGAGAAAGAAUCACACAAGUGGACACUAAACUCGGAGAGGUUCGAGUGGGAAAAUCAGAGGAGUAUCUGAUACCAUUGGAGCGGCUAAAGGAGAACCUGAAGACGAAAACAGAAGUGGCCGGGAUAUUGAAGCAAUUCAGAUUAAACAAUAUUCUGAAUAAAUUCUAUGCUGAGGAGCAAGCUGCGCUGCAAAAUUUCGAGAGCGAAAAGUCCAUAGUUUGGGAUUGUAUACACAAUGAUCUCCAGGAGAAGAUCCGUCGUUUAGAGGAGGACAAGAAUAACGUGGACAUACACGCGGAUUUGUGGCUCAACACGAACAAUAAACGACCGAAAAAUCACACGGAGAGACGACGUGCCGUUUCCGUCGCAGGUCCUUACAUUGUCUACAUGCUCAACGACACGGAUAUAUUGGAGGAUUGGGCGAUGAUAAAGAAGAGUCUGAGCAGUCGGAAAACGGAGAUAAUGUAAUCUCCGGUGUAAUCAAAGAACGCACAUUCAGAAACACCAUUGGCAUUUAGACACGCACGAGUACAACCGGUGGUCGUUGUGACCGUUGAUCGACAACUACAUAGACAGUGAUUUCGGUCUCUCAUCCAACUUACUCAGUGCAAUGAAAUAGAAUAUUUAAAUUUAAGAAUUGUAUCAUUGUCGAUUCUUUCGAUAUUGAUCAGAAGACUUGCAUUAAUAGCAGUUGUCGAAGUCGCGUGUUUGAACGAAUACCAGUGAAUCUGUUAACGGAUAGCAAUCGUGACAGAGGGGAAUAUUGACAUGGAAAUACAAAUUGCCACUAACAAAUUGCUAAUAACAGAUACUGAUCCAAAUGGAAUCAAUGUGACCAGAAAUCUCGUCAAAUAGUACCGGUGACAUUGAGAAGGGAUGACGCACACAAGCAUACUAACUAAGUUCAAAGUAUACAUGUACACAGGCACGCUUGCGUGAUCCCUUAAUGCCACCGGUGCUACUCUGGGCGAGAUUUCUGGCCACACUAGAUAGAAUAAGACUUCUUGAGCGAGCGAGUAUAUCUUUUUUCAAAUUUAUAAGGGAAGAUUACUUACAAAUUAAGAUUAACUACUUUAGUCAAACUAAUAAGUACUAAUAAUAUAAGUUACUAAUAAUUAGUUUCUAAUUUAUUAAAGAAGAGGAUUAUUUGUUUUAAAAAUUAUGCUCUACAAAUUAUGCCGCUAAUUAAAAAGCCUAUAUCAGGAAAUUGGUGGGGACAAUGCAAUCAAAAUUAUGUAUAAUUAUUCUUGAUAUGCAUAAAAAUUUCCUAUAAUGGCUCCUGCACACAGGACGCGGUAAUGCUUGCCGCGGAAAUCCGCGCGACAGCCAAUCAAUAUGCUGCUUUCUGUAAUAACCUUCUAGCUCUUACGGAAAAACAACAUAUUGAUUGGCUGUCGCGCGGAUUUCCGCGGCAAGCAUUACCGCGUCCUAUGUGCAGGAGCCAUAAUUGUAAGUAACUUUAAGAAUAAUAUGAAUCAAUAAUACGUCUUUCUAACUGCAGCAUCGUCACGACUGCAAUGUCUAUGCAGAGUGCCUUGAAAGGGAGAGGGGGGGGGGGGAACAAAAUAUUACAAUAAUGUACCAACGUAUCAUAUUGGAAUGUCAGAGAGUUGCAUAUGUAUAACCAUUUGUCAUGAGAAUUUGGCAAAUUUGAGCUAAUCGCAGAAUCAUUUAUGUUGAUACUGAAAACAAUAAUUCUUUUGUUAACAAAAAUUAGUUAUUUUUUAUUUUAUUCGCAGCGUCAAGAAUUAGAUAUUUCUUUGAUCUAUAUAUAUUGUAUAGAGUGUCAAUAAAAUUCGGGCUCACAUAUUGUA